GCGCUAUAAAGUUUCUUACCUUUCUGUUUGGAGCUUAAGCUCUGAAACAAAAUCGGAAAGAAAACGAAGUUGAAACCCUAGAUUCAGGACGGAGAAUCGAUCGUCCGCCAGAUUCCUCUUUCUUCUCCGGCGAAAAUCGUCAGCGACGGCAGGAGCGAAAGGGAAAUAAAAAAUUCUUGAAGUCUUAAGAAGCUAGGGCCUGUGGGCUGCAAAUUUUCUUAUACAUUUGUCCAUCGAUUUAUCUAGUGAUUGUGUAGGAGGUUAUGGAGGAUUUUCCUGUCGAGGUCAUUGGCAACAUAUUGUCCCGGGUUGGAGCAGCACGAGAUCUUGUUUUUGCAUCUUUAACUUGCCGGAAGUGGAAAGUGGCAUGGAGGAAUCAUCUUCAUACGCUUGCAUUUAAUUUGAAUGACUGGCCUGUUUAUGAUGAACUCACGGAGAGCAGACUUGAAGAGAUUAUAACUCGGACAAUUUUCCAGACUAAAGCACUGCAGUGUCUUUCAAUAAUCUUGAAAGACGAUGUUGAGUUCACUAUUGCUCCGGUGAUUUCUUGGCUAAUCCGUACAAGUGAUACCUUGUGCCAGUUGCAUUACAAUGUUAAAACCCCACACCUUAAUAUACUUGAAAUAUGUAGUCGCCAGAGACUGGAACUGUUGGAUCUGACAGAUAAUACUAUUUCCGGAUUUCCUAGUUACCUAAAGUUUCCUUGCUUGAGGUCUAUUUCACUAACCCGCGUCAAAAUAUCAACUUUGAACCUGAAUUGUUUGCUCUCUGCCUGCCCCAAAGUUGAGGUUUUAAAUUUUGUCGAUCUGGAUGUUGGUACGAAUAGGCCAGAGAUGUCAAUGAUACUGAGUAGUAACUCUCUGAAAGAUAUCCAUCUUGAAGCCUUUGAGUUGAGGGAAAUCAUUUUGGAGGCUAAUAUCCUUGAGAAGCUGCACCUAAUUGAUUGUGACAUUCGUACUUUUGAGCUUGGGGGCAAAGGGACAUUGAGAAUCCUAGUAUUGGAUGAAGUUAUUAUCUCCCGUCUUGAUGUUGGUAAGAAUGCUGAAAAUCUUGAGAUUGUGGAUAUCCGCUACUUCACAACAUCUCGGUCCUAUUUCUGUCGAAUGAUUGUAAAAUUAUCAAAGGCUAGAAGGAUGAGUCUAUGCGGUGUUGUGUUUGAAGAUGACAACAAUGAGUUUGUGGUGAGCAAGACUACUUCUGCUUGCUUUCCUCAGUUAACUCAUUUAUCCUUGGCCUAUGAACUUGGACAGACACUUCAGUGUGGAUUGCUUGGUUAUGGUCAAUUGGAAAAUGUGGUUGAAGUGGAGCUUCGCUGGAUAUUGAUUAGUCACCUUAAAUCACAUUGGAUAGGGGAAUUGCUGCAAAGGUGCCCUAAUUUGAGGAAGUUGGUCAUUGGUGGCGCUGUCUCGGAUGUCAACACACCUGAAGAAUGUCACAUCUUUGCUAAGUUCACAACCUUUAUUACAACGCUUAUGAGGAAAUACCGACGUGUGGAUGUUCAGUUUCAAUUUGUAUAGAUACGAGGAACUAUUGCAUUGGAGUUCAGUUUUUUGUCAGAUAUAGAGUUGUGGAUAGUUUUUCUACUUAGUUGGGAAACAUAUUUCUUUUUUGUAGAUAAAUUUGUGCUUCAAGCUAUUGUAUAUUGGCUGAAGUUCAUAUGCCUAUUCUUAGUUUCUAUUUUCACAACUAUUAGAAACAAAGUUGAGGUUGGCUAUACGUGUCUUGUUAGUCAUGUUGCUCCAUUUAUGAGCAUCUUAGAUGAAAAUCAUAUAUGUAAAAAGUUUUAGGGA